AUGGCCAGGUACGACAGGAUAAACACAACUAUCGAGCCACGGUCUUUAUCAGCGGCAGGCGCCAACGCCGAGAUCACUAUUGACGAUCGUCUUUCCACCGAUGAACAUCCCUUGUUGGAUCCAGCCUCGGCCUCCGUCAUUUUUCAACACACUCCCGAUUCCUCCUCAUUGGAAGGCAGCAAUGAACAUGCUACCGGAACACCAUUCAGCUCCUCCAUCAACCUUCUCAAUACUAUUCUCGGUACCGGAUUACUAGCCAUGCCAGCCGCUGUAGCCUCGGUGGGAUUAUUGACAGGCAUUGUGGUGAUUUUAUUAUCAGCAUUAGCAUCUGGAUUGGGUCUCUACUUUUUAUCACGGUGUGCCGCACGUACAGAAGGAAGAUCAGCUUCGUUUUUCGCCAUCUCCAAGCUAACAUGGCCCAGUCUUGCUGUUUUCUUCGACCUGGCUAUAGCUAUCAAAUGCUUUGGUGUCGCUGUCAGCUACUUAAUUAUCAUUGGUGAUCUAAUGCCUCAUGUAUGUGCCUACAUCACGCAUGAUCCGAUACUGCUGGAUCGUCGGUUUUGGAUCACCGUCUUGAUGGCCAGCGCGAUUCUACCGCUCAGCUUUUUGAGGAAAUUGGAUUCGCUAAAAUAUACCAGUAUCGUUGCUCUCGUUGCAGUCGUCUACCUAUGCGCCAUCAUUGUAUAUCACUUUUUUGUCCCUGAAGAUGCCAUCAAUACCACAGCACCACCCCAAGUCGAACUCGUCACCUUUUCAUCCGUCUUUUUCAGAAGAUUGCCAGUCUUCAUUUUCGCUUUCACAUGUCACCAAAAUAUGUUCUCCGUAUACAAUGAACUCAAAGAUAACAGCCAACCACAAGUCAACCAGGUGAUCCAGAUCUCCAUUGGAAGUGCUUGGGCAGCUUAUGAAGCCAUUGGGAUUCUUGGUUAUUUGACAUUUGGCAAGAAUGUAUUGAGUAAUAUCAUCACCGAAUAUCCGCAAAGUGGGUUCGUUGCAGGAGGACGACUUGCCAUUGUUAUCCUCGUUGUAUUCAGUUAUCCACUUCAAGCACAUCCAUGUCGAGCAUCCUUGGAUAAGAUUUUGGCUUGGUCAUCUCCAGAGACACGUAAUCGUAAAGUACCGCCUCCUCCAUCUGCUUUCAAGUAUUUUAUCGUAACAACAUGCAUUCUUGUGGCAAGCUAUCUUAUCGCAAUCACGGUGACGGAAUUAGAUGUGGUUCUUGCAUUUGUUGGAUCGACUGGAUCGACCACUAUUUCAUUUAUUUUACCCGGCAUCUUUUAUUACAAGCUUCAUCAAGAUGAUCCUUGGGAUCGGCAUAAGAUUACGGCGGUUUGCCUGGCAACCUAUGGAUUGAUGGUCAUGUGUAUCUGCUUGACAUUCAACAUUGUGGGUCUUUUCAGGUAG